AUGUCGAUUCGUAAGAGCGAAUGCGAGGAAGAUAGAAAUGUAAGGGCGACUUACCUCCUCAGCGUUCCUGAUAUCCUGGUAACUUGUUACAGGUCGCGUAACGCGAGUAGGAAAUCUGAGCGGCGCAACGUGCGAGCUGUUGCGACGGCUCUACAACGCGGACUGCAAUUGCAAUGCACUUCGCAAGGGGUGGUGCACUCUGUGCAAGCGAGACUGCAGCGCCCGCCCAUUUGCCUCGUGCCUCACUUUCCCGCCCUACUGCUCUUGAAAACUUACAACACU